GAAGUACACUGAUAAAUUGGGAUCCCUGGUAAGGCUCCUAAGAAAAGUGCUGCUGAACAGGUAUCUUCUGGUGAACUCCUGAGAGAAAUCCUGCAGAAUGGUCAUCUCCCAUUGAACUAGGGAGGGAAGUAACCCUGAAUGCACAUUUAAUCAUUAUACUCCUCGUGUUUCCUGGUAACACUCCUGGGAGACACACAACAGCAAACUAAACCGUAGCAACUGGCCAGAUACUGCAGUAACAACAGGCUGCUCCUUCUAUACCUCUGUCCAACUCAGUGAUUGGCAAUCUUAUGGAUCCUAUUUGCUAAUGAGAACAGUAUAAAACCAGCCUGUCAUUAGGUACCUACGCUGUGGUAUCGGGGUCUGCUACAGCUCUCCUGCUUGGCAGUUACUCAUCGUAUCCAUGUCCUCAGGAAGAUGGCAGGUCCAGAAAUCCUCCCGAUCGUCUGGCAGCACAAACAACAUGAAUGGUACCAGUUAUGGAUCACUGGUGAGACGCAAUACGGAGCUGCUGAAAGCUGUCAGGGAAUUGGAGCACACAUGCAAUACACUUAGAGAGGAAAACACUUUACUGCGGAAAAGCAGCUGUCCAGAAACUGAGGAGAAAGUGAAGAGACUAAAACGGAAGAAUGCUGAGCUGGCAAACAUUGCCAAACGUUUGGAGGAGAGAGCCAGGAAACUGCAAGAAGCAAACCUCAGAGUGGUGAACUCCCCUGUCCUAGUUAAAGGCUCCAGUCUAGAACAUUACAAGAAAGCCUUUGCCAGACAGCGUGCCAAAGAUCUCUCCCAACAUGCUGACGUCAUCCUUGCCAAGGACAAAGAGAUCGAAGAACUGAGGCAAGAAUGUCGUGACCUUCACGCAAAACUGGGACCAUCAAAGGAGGCUCCCGACAGGUUGAAACAGAGUGACUUUGAGCGUGUGCUGAGAGAGUCUCAGAAAGAAGUGUUGCGGCUACAGAGACAAUUAGCUGUGGUGUCUCUGAGAGAAUCUUCCCACCAGCAGAACCCAGGGACUGAAACAGAGUUAUGUAAAAAACGGAAAGAAUGUGAAAGCCAUGAGCAAGAGAUAAAGAAACGCCAGCGGAUAUGUGAGGAUCUGGAGAAUGAGCUGAAACAAGCCUGGAGUGAGAAUGCACGGCUAACUGAAGAGACCAUCCGACUUAGCCAAGAGGCACAAGAGACUGAAAAGAUUAAAGCUCACAACAAUGACCUGAGAGGGAAACUCUCAGUGGUGACAGCAGAACGAGAUUCAUCUCUGAAGGAGAAUCAGCGACUCCAAGCCAAGCUGGAGAACCUAGAGCAGGUCCUGAAGCACAUGCGAGAGGUGGCAGAGCGCAGGCACCAGCUGGAAUUGGAACAUGAAGAAGCGUUGACAAUUCUGCAGGCCAAGCAGCAUGAAGUGGAACGAUUGCAACAGGCUCAGUUUGAAGCAAAGAAGGAACAUGAAGGUGUGGUCCAGUUACUGGAGGAGUUGACCUGCCUAGUUUUACAGAUGGAGCUGGCCAAGGUGCGGGAUCUGGAAGAGAAAUGUCGGAGUCAGAGCAUGCAGUUCAGCCUUCUCUCCCAGGAAUUGGAGCAUUUUCGUUUGCAAGCAGGAAAUAUCGACCUGCUAACUAACACCCUUGUGAGCACAGAUACACCUGGAUUGCUCUCCCGCGGCCAGCCCCAGCUCCUGAAUGAAGUGGAAUCACCAAUGGCAAAAGAUGUGGAAAGUGUUCCUCCACCAGUUUCUCAGUCACCAUGUCCAGCACAGCAAGAAGAGAGGCUGGAAGAGAAGCUGGAAGAGAGGCUGGAAGAGAAGCUGGAAGAGAAUCAGGAACAGAAGCAGGAAGAGAAGCAGGAAGAGCAGAAAGAGGAACAAAAAGAAGAGCAGAUUCUCAAUGAACCAAAGGCUGAAACAAUCAGCGUCUCCCAGCAAUCGGAGCAGACAGCAACAGAAAUUGGCUCCAUCACCAGCAAAGUCGGACCAGAAUCAACCCAGGGCUCCAGCAAAGGCACUCCCAAAACAGAGUCAGCACGAAGCACCCCAAAAUCUUGUACAACUCCAGAGGUAGAUACAGCCAGUGAAGUGGAGGAGUUGGACAUUGACAAUGUCUCAUCCAUUCCAGAGCCUGAGAGCAGAGUAACUGCAAAAUUGAAGGUGUUCAUCGCACGUUACAGUUACAAUCCCUUUGAUGGGCCCAAUGAGAACCCAGAGGCAGAACUGCCACUAACAGCAGGAGAGUAUAUUUAUGUGUAUGGAGACAUGGAUGAAGAUGGAUUUUAUGAAGGAGAGCUGAUGGAUGGGAGAAGAGGACUGGUUCCUUCAAACUUCAUUGAACGUGUAUCUGACGAGGAUAUGUUGACGUUUCAUCCCCCAGAAAUCAACGAGCUUUCUCACAGUUCAUUCCAAGAGAUCAGUUUUCACAGUGGCAGUGAGAAAAGCCUUCCACUGCGGAAGAACAGCAUUGAAAAGCAAGAGACCUCCAGCCCCCAUGAAGAGCUCAGUCUUCAUGGUUCACAAAUAAAGCUAGAGAGCCUUGUGAGCAAUGGUUUUGAUCUCGAUGUAGAAGAGGUGGCCGAAUAUGAUGAGGAUGUGGUGCCUUACCCCAGGAAACUGAACUUGAUCAAACAGCUUGCCAAAAGCAUCAUUGUUAGCUGGGAGUCCCCUCUGGUGCCAGGUGGUUGGGGUACAAUAUUCAGCUAUAAUAUCUAUGUGGAUAAGGAGUUGCGGAUGAAUGUCAAGUUUGGUGCACAGACUAAAGCUGUAAUAGAGCGACUAGACCUGAAUGCUAAAGCUUACCGCAUCUAUGUGCAGAGUGUGACCGACAAAGGGAACUCUGAUAUAAUAUGUAGCAGCAUGCUUGUGGGGAAAGAUGUCUGCAUUGCACCUAUGCAGUUGAAAGUUCAGGCUAUUACCGCAACCUCAGCGGACAUUUCUUGGUUGCCAAGCAACAGUAAUUACACCCAUGUGAUUUUCCUCAAUGAGGAGGAGUACACGGUGGUGAAAGCUGGGAGCUACUCCUACUCCCUGAUGAACCUGAGGCCUAAUAUGAAGUACAAGGUGAAAGUGGAGGCCAGACCACACCAAAUACCAUGGGAACUGCCACUGGACCGACGACAACUCAAAUGUACAUGUACUCAGUUCUCAACCUUACCAGGAGGCCCUCCUGAUGCCCCACUGGAUGUCCAGAUAGAAGCAAGCCCCACCCCUGGGAUUGUGUUGAUCAGUUGGCUACCAGUGACUAUAGAUGCUGCAGGGACCUCGAAUGGCGUGCGAGUCACUGGAUAUGCUGUCUAUGUUGAUGGACAGAAGAUUAUUGAAGUGGCAUCUCCCACAGCUGGCAGUGUGCUAGUAAGACCCAGCCAGAUUCAGCUCCUCCAGAUUUCUAAGGAACUUACUGUUCGCACCAUGUCUCCUUACGGUGAAUCAGCAGACUCUAGCCCUGUCAAAAUCCCUCGAACGUUAUUUACAUUCCCUCUGCACUCUGUGCCAUUACAGACUGCCCCUGAAGCAGGUGCCCAUCCUGACAAUAGUCUUCCAGUCAGUAAAGAAUUACCCAUUGCGGAUGUUAAGGUUGAAUUUGAUGAUCUGCCUGGGAUGGCUUCUGACAAGGUUCUCAACUGUGAGAGUGUCACAAACUAUAAUGGAAAUGAGCAGGGAAGCUUUCCACCUGCUUUUAAGACUCCGAGUCAGGUGGUCGAUGCAAUGCCAAAUUCAAAAAGUGAAACUUUUGAAGAACCAGCACCUGUUCAAAGAGAAAAUACCAAAAUGGAAGACGAUUUAAAGGAUGGCGCUGCAGAUUUGCUCAAUUGUUGUGAGGAGGACAAAGUUGAGGAACAACCAAAAGACAUAAAAGAUUUGGAAGAUACUCAAAUGAAGAGGCCAGUUGGCUCACUUGAGGAUUUUCUUGCGGACUCUGAGCAGAUGGAAGAUCCUGAUGUCUGUAAUACAUACGCUAAAGAAGAUUCUGUUGAGAAAAUUCUGGAAAGUGAUUCAAAUGGCCAGCAGAUAGAGACUACCAGAACUAUAGAAGCAUCAGCUAGAACCUUUUCACAAGAGUCAGAGGACAAUGUUUCCCCAAGUAAUAUCAGGGUGCCGUCUAUUGAGGAAUUUCUGACUAAUUCAGAAUUAACGCAAGAAAAAACACACAUUCCGGAGGAGGAGCAAAUGACUGAGCAGAGCGAGCUCAGAUCUGAAGAAAUUCUUAAGCAGAUGGAUAAAGCCGAGAAUCAUGAGAAUGAAGAUUACCCCUUAGAGAGCAGUCGAGGCUCAGACCUCUCAGAUAUCAUGGAGGAGGAUGAAGAAGAGCUGGGAUCAGACACACAGAUAAAUGAAAAAGUACAACAACAAUAUUGCAGUUUGACCAGGGAGAGCUUGCUAAAGCCUGAGCAGUAUGAAACUGAUAGCGAUGAGGAGUUUCUGGAGAAAAUUCUAGAACUUCCUCUGCAGAAACAUUACAGUAAGAAACUAUUCAGCAUUCCUGAAGUAACAGAGGAGGAGGAGGAGGAGGAGGACCAGGAGGUCAUCUGUAGCAGCAGCCAGGGUGCUACCGGAAACCAAGAGCAAGGAGAAAGGGUCUCUAUUUAUUCCCAGGAGAGAGAACAAUUAGAGGAAAAGGAUCAACAAUUCAAAUGUGUGCGAAGUAGUUCCAACGACAACAGACAGAGAAUCCAAGCCUUGAACUUUGAUACCAAAACUCAAGAAAAACCAACUUCCAAUAUCAGUCAGGGUAACAGCAAAAAUUUAGCUCAGGAAGCUAUGGGUUCUAAUGUUCCACAGAAUGAGCUGAAAACCAUGGAUAUGGAAGAGGUCGUAAUGUAUGACCAAAUCUGUGAUCAGAGCAGUAGGCAGGAGCCAGGUGAAAAGCAGCCUCACUGCACAAAGACUAACACCAAAAACAAAGAAUGGAAUGCAGAGACGAGUGGGUAUGCAUAUCCCGAUGCCAAGAUUCAUCAUACGUAUCCCCAGGGGUAUACUAGAUCCCACCGACAGGAAGGAAAGAAUGCAGAACAUAUACAGGAUAACACCAUUGAUGACUCUGACCUGGAUAUUAUUGAAUGUGUAGAGAAAUCCUUACUAGAGGAGCAUCACAGGGAUGUCUUGGAGCCAAAUGCUGUUGACCCAACAUCCGUCCUAAGGAUGCAACCUCAGACACGGAUAAGGCCCACAGAUCCAAAAGAGUUGAAUGCAGCAGUAACUGGAAACCCACAUUACAACAGGAGAGAGCAGGUAUCUCACGAAUACCUAGAGAUAGAUAUAGAGUAUGGCACUGAGGAGGAAGAAGAAAUGGUGACUCCCAGCUUACAUUUCUGCACACAUGUUAUUCAUCGGGAUCAGGUGAGAUCAGGAUGGUGGGACAGUAGGAAGACUAACAGAGAAGGUGUGGGCGAGUACUCCAUGCACUGUAAGUGUACCCAGUCAAAAGAACAGAGGCAGACCUCUGUCGAAGACAACGUCUUUGAUUCAAGUUCUGUUAGCACCAAGUCUCCUCAUCAUCAUAGAAAAAAGAGUAAGACUGCUUUCCCCAGGAGCCUGCUACAUUGUGAAAGAGACAAGCUAAAAGGAAGGAUUGCAGAGGAGAAAGCAUUGGAGGCUUGGAAGUUGGAGCCUUAUGAAUUGGGCAGGACCAGGGCAAGGGCAGAGCCCGAGGAUCCGGCAUGUUCACGGGGCUUUGCAAUAAGCACAGAUUCAGUAUCACACUGUCUACCUGACUCUUCUGCAAUGCGAGUUUUAAAUCCCAAGAACAGCCCAUCUCUCAUGUUCCACAGAGGGGAGUUACGCUCUUCCAAAGCUUCAUUAGCAGAGAGUCCUAGAAGUCGAGAGACUCCACUCUUGGAUGGAUACAAGGAGAUAGGUACAAAGGGAGCAGCAGAUGGUGGUCUCAUUCGCAUCUUUGUAGCUUUGUUCGAUUACGAUCCUGCAACAAUGUCACCAAACCCAGAUGCUGCAGAGGAGGAGUUGGCAUUUAAGGAGGGCCAGAUCCUAAAGGUAAUUGGCGAUAAGGAUGCCGAUGGGUUUUACCGUGGAGAAGGCAAUGGGCAGACUGGCUUUGUGCCAUGUAACAUGGUCUCUGAAAUCCAGGUGGAUGAUGAUGGAGUAAUGGAGCAGCUGUUACAGCGGGGUUAUCUGGCUCCCAAUACGUCCAUGGAGAAGUUGGGCAGCCGCACGCUCUCUCAACCGCCACGCCGCACUGCGCCUCCUCCGAAACCAAGGCGAUCCAAGAAAGUGCAAUCCGACAAGUGGGAGGACACUCGACAGCAAGAGUGGAGUCGGCCUGGCAGCGGACUGCAGAAAUUGCCUAUGAAAAGAAUGGUGGCUGUAUUUGACUAUGACCCCAGGGAAAGCUCUCCUAAUGUGGAUAUUGAGGCUGAGCUGACAUUCAGUGCUGGCGACAUCAUUAAUGUUUACGGGGACAUGGAUGAGGAUGGUUUCUAUUAUGGUGACCUAAAUGGAUUACAUGGACUUGCACCAUCCAACUUCCUGGAGCUGAUCCCUGUGGAGGAUACAGUGGAGGCAGCUGCUGGGAAUACCAUGUCAAGACCUCCUCCAACUGUAGCACAUAAGGAAAAACCGCUGAACUCAGAUGAAGCAGACGUUUUGAGUCCAGUUUUGCCAGUAACUGACUAUCCUGCUGUCACAGGACUGAGUUUGGACAAUCAGGGAUGCAGUGAAAACAUCUCCAAUAACAAGAAAAAAAAGAGUUUCUUUUCCAAAGGAAAGAAGCUGUUCAAAAGAUUGGGAUCCAGUAAAAGAGAGUAACUUGGAACUGGGAUCCAGUAGCAGCAAGAAACUCCCAUCUAGGAUCCAGUAGCAGCAAGUAACUCCCACCUGGGAUCCAGUAGUUGAGUAACUCUGACCUGGGAUUCAAUAACAGAGUAACUCCCAUCUAGGAUCCAGUAACAGAGAGUAACUCCCAUUCAACCUCUAGUAAUAGAGAGCAACUUCCACCUUGAAUCCAGUAAAUUCACUUGAGAUGAUCGUGGACCUUGGAAAUGAUUGGAAACUGAGAGAAAUUAUUAACAUCAAACAGGGAUCACAUCCACCGAUGCAGAAUCCUUUCUACUGCAAAACCGAAACAAGCUUCCACCAUCCCUUUGCCUUUUGAGAUCUUUUACUUAAGUCACCAGUGUUUGCAAUGUUGCAGUUGAAAGAAAGCUUGGCCAGCAGCUCUUAUAUACAUUGAGUACUUGCUGAGCACUAUAUAAACCAUCAGAAGAGAAUGCCUUUAUACAGGUGAUAAUAAAUACAAUCCAUGAAUUUUCAGCGUACUGGAAAUAUCUAGCUUCAGCUCACCUCAUCUGCAACUGUCAGAAGAUGUGACUAAUAUUGUUCAUGCAUUGAUGCUCCAGUGACUGCUUAAUAGCACAGAGCUGUUCUCUUCAAGUAGCUACAUGGCAAUAUUGUUUAGGCUUUGCAGAGGUAUUAAUCUCUGCAUUUCAUAAACUUCAGAGUCAGACAGGUAGUGGCUCUGUGGCCAGAGAUAUGUCAGGGACCCACUGACCAGUUAUGAUGAAUGGGAACCCAAGUGACAAUGGAAUUGCAAUGUAACCAAUAGAUGACCACCAGUUUAUUACCAGAUGUUGUCUCACUGAUUAGUGUCUUUCUGGGGUUGCACGCUGGUGAGUUCUGUUGACUUAUAUCAGCAAUCAGUUUGUAUCUAGGGCAGUCACCAUUUAUCAAGUCCAAAAUGGUGCAGGGCAGGGAUUCACAAUCAGGGCUGGUGUUCUAAUAUUUGCAUUGUUACUGAUGAAAAUUGAUUAAAAAUUUUUUAAAAAUGUCUCCAUGUCAUGAGAUAUAGAAGUAAAUGGAAACAUGUUGUUCCUUGUCAGACAUCAAACUUCUGGUGUCCUGUUUGCAUGUUAGAAAUUUCCAAACAGUCUGUCCAAAAUCUAGCCAGAAGAUGACAACUUUGUCUGAAACCACUAGUGUGGAAAGUAUCCUUGUAUUUUGAGAUCUGAUCCAUUGCAUUGCUAAAGGCGAGUAAUGGUAAGGUUUGUCCUCUGCCUUAUUCAAGAAUGACAGCUUAAUGGAUUUCUAAGUAUGAAAACAGAUUUUCAGAUGCCAAGCCACAAUACCCUGCCAGUUUUCAGCUGACACCCUGAGUUUGUGCACAUACAUAUUCUGUGUUCCAGGCUCCUGAGCAGCUGUCAAACUUAAAACAGAACUUAUUUUCAUACCUUAAAGAAUUGCCAUCAUGUUUAAAAUCUAGCACGCCACUUUGUAAUAUACAGUCAAGAUUUUGUACAGAAGAGUUUAUAUGACUGUGACAUUUAUAAAUAUUUUCACCUCUUGUUUUGCAUGCAUCAUUGGGAUCGAGUUCGGCUGUGCUCUGCAUGGAGUGCAAUUGUGAACAGGGCCCAAGCCCUUACUGUUAAAUGCUUUUCCUUUGUUUCUACAUAGAAAUGUUUUUACUGAAUAAAGUCUAUUUUCACAGAAA